UAGUGACGGGAGGACUCUGCAUCUUGGUUACAUCCACGGGUAUAACCGCCCUGUGUCCAUCACUGUUAGGGAGGAAAAUUCGGUGACCGGGCCGGUCCGGAACCAGCAGACAUGUUUAUUUACUUGAGCAAGAAGAUUGCUAUUCCAAACAAUAUGAGGCUGAAAUGCAUAUCCUGGAACAAAGACCAAGGAUACAUCGCCUGCGGAGGGGAGUCGGGUUUACUGAAGGUUUUAAAAUUAGAAAUGCAAACAGAUGAUGCAAAGUUAAAAGGCCUUGCGGCUCCUAGCAAUCUUUCCAUGAAUCAGACUCUCGAAGGACACAGCGGCUCUGUGCAGGUAGUGACGUGGAACGAACAUUUUCAGAAAUUAACCACUAGUGACCAGAAUGGACUUAUCAUUGUGUGGAUGCUGUAUAAAGGGUCGUGGUACGAAGAGAUGAUUAAUAACAGAAAUAAGUCUGUAGUGCGCAGCAUGAGCUGGAAUGCCGACGGGCAGAAGAUCUGUAUCGUAUAUGAAGACGGAGCAGUCAUUGUGGGCUCAGUGGACGGGAAUCGGAUUUGGGGCAAAGAACUGAAAGGCAUACAGUUGUGCCACGUCGCGUGGUCCCCGGACAGCAAAAUCCUCCUCUUCGGGAUGGCCAAUGGCGAAAUACAUCUGUACGACAACCAGGGAAAUUUUAUUGUGAAAAUGACCCUGAGCUGUUUAGUCAAUGUGACCGGGGCGCUCAGUAUUGCCGGCAUGCACUGGUACCCAGGCACCAAAGGUUAUGUGGAACCAGAUUGCCCCUGUCUCGCCAUCUGUUUUGAUAAUGGGAGAUGCCAAAUCAUGAGACACGAGAACGAUGAAAACCCUGUCCUAAUAGACACUGGAAUGAAUGUCGUCAGCAUCCAGUGGAACCACUGUGGGAGUGUGCUGGCUGUGGCAGGGUCCCAGAGGGCCACUUCUGAAGACAAGGAAGUCAAUAUUGUGCAGUUCUAUACACCUUUUGGAGAGCACCUGCGUACAUUGAAGGUCCCUGGAAAGCAAAUGGCAGCAGUUUCUUGGGAAGGUGGCGGGUUGAGGAUUGGCUUGGCGGUGGAUUCAUUCAUAUACUUUGCCAACAUCAGACCCGAUUACAAGUGGGGCUAUUGCUCCAACACUGUGAUCUACGCUUACACGAGACCGGAUCGGCCAGAAUACUGCGUGGUCUUCUGGGACACUAAAAACAACGAGAAGUUUGUGAAGUAUGUGAAGAGUCUGCUUUCCGUCUCCACCUGUGGAGAUUUCUGCACUUUAGCUACCAAAGCCGACGAAAAUCAUCACCCGGAAGACGGUGAAAGCGAGCCAAAUGGAGCAACGUAUGUUCUGGUUUUGUGCAAUUCCAUUGGAACUCCCUUAGAUUCAAAGUACAUAGAUAUAGUACCAAUGUUUGUGACCAUGACCAAAACCCAUGUGAUAGCCGCAUCUAAGGAGGCCUUCUACAUCUGGCAGUACCGGGUGGCAAAGAAGCUUACGGCGAUGGACAUCAAUCAGGUUACACGGACCAGGAAGGAGGGCCGAGAAAGGAUAUUCCACAUCGAUGAUACUCCAUCCGGGUCUGCCGAAGGAUCUCUUGAUUAUACUAAAGCAGUAGCAAUAACAAGAGAUCCAAUCUGUUCCAUCACCGCAUCGGAUAAAGUUUUAAUCGUGGCACGUGAAUCUGGCACGGUUCAUCGAUACAGUUUACCCAGCGCGGGUUUGGUGCAGAAGUACGAUCUCCAUUGCCGAGCGUAUCAGAUGAGUUUGAAUUGCAAUUCCAGCCGUCUCGCCAUCGUAGACAUUUCCGGAGUGUUGACUCUUGUUGACUUAGAGGCCCGAUACACGGACGACAGAGGUCAGCAAACGAUGGGAGAGCAGCUCAAGUUCGAACGGAAAGACGUCUGGGACAUAAAAUGGGCCAACGACAAUCCCGACCUGUUUGCAAUGAUGGAAAAGACAAGGAUGUAUGUGUUCAGAAACUUGGAUCCCGAGGAACCGAUUCAAACGUCUGGAUACAUUUGCAAUUUCGAAGACCUUGAGAUAAAAUCCGUCUUACUGGAUGAAUUGCUAAAGGACCCCGAACACCCAAACAAAGACUACGUCAUCAACUUCGAGAUCCGCUCCUUGAGAGACAGCCGCGCGCUGAUCGAGAAAGUGGGAAUCGAGGACGCCUCUCAGUUUAUCGAGGAUAACCCUCACCCCAGACUUUGGCGCCUCCUGGCUGAAGCCGCUCUCCAAAAGCUGGACCUCCCGACCGCCGAGCAGGCCUUCGUACGCUGCAAGGACUACCAGGGCAUCGAGUUCGUGAAGCGACUGGGAAACCUCCAGAGCGAAUCCAUGAAACAAGCUGAGAUCUCGGCCUACUUCGGGAAGUUCGAAGAAGCAGAGAGAAUGUACCUAGACAUGGACAGAAGGGAUCUGGCGAUUGGUCUGCGGAUGAAGCUGGGCGACUGGUUCCGGGUGCUGCAGCUGCUGAGGACGGGCUCGGGCGACUCGGACGACACGCUGCUGGCGCAGGCUUACAACGCUAUUGGCGACUAUUUUGCAGACCGCCAGAAAUGGCUGAAUGCAGUGCAGUACUACGUGCAAGGCAGGAACCAGGAGCGUCUGGCGGAGUGCUACUACAUGCUGGAGGAUUAUGAUGGCCUUGAAACUCUGGCCAACUCUCUUCCUGAGAACAACAAGUUACUCCCUGAUAUCGCGCAUAUGUUUCUCACCGUGGGGAUGUGUGAGCAGGCCGUGGCCGCCUUUCUCAAGUGCAACCAGCCUAAAGCUGCAGUAGAUGCCUGCGUGCAUUUAAAUCAGUGGAAUAAAGCUGUGGAACUGGCGAAAAACCACAAUAUGAAAGAAAUCGGAUCCCUGCUCGCCAAGUACGCCUCCCACCUCCUGGAGACGAGUAAGACCCUGGACGCCAUCGAGCUCUAUCGCAAAGCCAACCAUUUCCUAGACGCAGCCAAGCUCAUGUUCAAGAUAGCUGAAGAAGAAGCAAAAAAGAGAACUAAACCCAUGAGGGUGAAAAAGCUUUACGUUCUCGCGGCUUUGCUAGUGGAACAGCACCACGAGCAGACGAAGAACGCGCAGAAAGGGAAACUCAAGGGGAAGCAAACAGAGGCUACGUCUGCCCUGGCCGGCUUGUUGGAAGAGGACAGCACGCUGUCAGACAGCCGCAUGAUUGACAAUCCCUGGCGAGGAGCUGAAGCCUAUCAUUUCUUCUUGUUAACUCAGAGAAAGCUUUAUGAAGGCUACGUGGCUGUGGCCAUGAGGACUGCGCUUUACCUGAGAGAUUACGAAGACGUUAUUCCUGCGGUAGAGAUCUAUUCCCUGUUGGCUCUCUGUGCCUGCGCUAACAGAGCUUUCGGCACGUGUUCCAAGGCCUUCAUCAAGCUGGAGUCGCUGGAGACCGUCGGCCCUGACCAGAGGCAGCAGUAUGAAGAUCUCGCUCUGGAGAUCUUCACCAAGCACAGUCCCAAGGAUGACGUCAAGCCUGAUCCUGAAAACAUCCCUGAUGGCAACGGGGAAGGGAAAAUCCCAACGUGCAUCGUUUCAGGAAGACCCAUCACCGAGUACCAGUUCUGGAUGUGCAGCGUGUGCAAGCACUGCGCCCAGGAGCGAGAGAUCGCGGCCUACAGCUUCUGCCCCCUCUGCCACACGCCAAUAGCCUAAAACGCCAGCGUUCCCCAUCCUUUACACGACAUCCGCCGGCUCCGCUCCCAACGCGUUUCAUUACGGCUAAUCCCGUAUUUACACUCACACAGAUCCUAAAGAGAGGUGCUGUCCCCAAAUAUCAAAAUGUACGAGUCAAACAUUUUGGUGGCAACUUUAUUUUUAUAUCGCAAAUCACUUUUUUUUUUUUAGCAUCAAAGGAGAACGUUUCAGGAGCUGGCACUUUAUUACGGGUCCGUAAGUCCGCACAAACAACUUUAUAUACGUCGCACGGACCACACAGGCAUCGCUUUUGUGAAGUCUUUGCGUUUUGUAUGACUAUUGUUUUAGUUUGUAAAUUGACCAAAAGAUGUGUAUUUAUAUAAAAAGAAGUGUUUUGUCCCGUAUAUCUACG